UCUAUACUCGUCGUGCAGAACAACCUUGCGGGCUCCUACAGAUCACUUGGGAGACUUGACGACUGCCUACGCACGCAGCGAGACGUAUACUCUGGGCGUUUGAAGCUUAACGGCGAGGAACAUGAAAUGACCCUCCGAGCGGCCAACAACUACGCGAUGCUUCUUAGUACUCUACGGCGCUUCGAAGAAGCGAAGAGAGUACUACGCAAAGUGGCGUCCGUAGCGCGACGUGUUCUCGGUGCUGAACACGCGCUCUCGUUGUCUCUGCGCGAGGAUCUCUCUCGCGCGACACUGGACGGAGACUCCUCCGGCAAUGAAAAGCGCCAGGCGCUUCAGAUGCUCGAGGACACUGUCGUAGUCAUGCGGCGCGUUUUGGGUCCGGCUCACCCCGACGUGUUGCGUGCUCAGAGAAAGCUGGAGGGCUAUCGCAAGGAAAUUCCUCCUGCCGCGUAA